AUGUCCUACAGACGCCUGUCGUCGUCGGAGGAGGAAUGGUAUUGUGGUGCGUGCCAACUCCCAGCUUUUGACGAUGAGCUGUUCCCCACAUGCCCUACGCCUGCAUCUCGGGGCUCUGACCCGACCCGCGAUCCAGUGAUUGCCAACGCCACGCCGCAUGGGCAGCCUCAAGCCAACCUUGCGGUAUGGUUUUUGAACGUCCGUUCUGUUAAAAACAAACUGCUCGAUUUUCAAGCGCUCGUUGAAUCCUCUGGAGAUACAGUGUUUGCUCUCUGCGAGACGUGGCUCGACCCCUCAGUGCCAGAUGGGUUACUUGUUGACACUGCUCGACAUGUGGUACACCGGAAGGACCGUGCAGGUCGUAGUGGCGGUGGAGUUAUGUUUGUUGUCCCUCGACACUUGAUCUGCCGGAGGCGUCAGGACCUUGAAGUUGCUGGCCUUGAGUCUCUCUUCAUUGAAAUUGCCCACAAACGAGGGAAGGUGCUCUUCGGCUGCGUGUACUGUCCUCCAUCUACCCGAGUUGCGGCCUAUCACCUGCUUAAUGACGCUCUGGAGCGUGUCGCCGUAAGCUCCUAUUUAAAUAUUUGCAUACUUGGUGAUUUUAAUGCCCACAUCGACUGGACAGACAUAACAGCCCCCGUCCCGUUGGCACCAGAUGAUGGCACACUCCUGGACAUGAUGGAAUCAAAUGGACUUGUUCAGCUUUGUGACGAGCCAUCGUACUACUCGAGUGCAAAGAAUGCCUCUUUUCUGGAUCUGGUCUUCACCACGAACCCGGCCCUCAUCUCCACCUGUUCUCUGGAGCCCAGCCUCGAUGGGUCUGACCACAAAGCUAUACAUCUGGAGAGCCUCCUGUCGCUUCCCAAGUUUGGACGGUAUGCAAGAAGGGUCAAGUUGUUCUCUCAGAUGGAUGGCGCCCACCUCACCAAUCUUGUGCAUCUCGCUCCAUGGAUAAUUGCCAUAAACGAGCCGUCGGCAAGUGACUCGUAUGAUAUCUGGCUCGACCUCAUAAGUGCAAUAGAAAAGGAAUGUGUCCCCGUCAAGAACAGCACUGGACGGCGGAGGUCUCCCUGGAUAACAGACAGCAUCAUUCAGCUUACUCGAAAGAAGCGCAAACUCUUCAGACGGGCAAAGAAAACUAACCACCCGCGCCACCUCAGUAUGGCACGGCAAGCCCAGAGAGAUUUAAAGAAAGAAAUCUACACCUCGCACAGGUCUUACGUGGAGACCAUUGCCCAGAAGGCAGCCCGAUCACCGAAACUGUUCUGGUCAUAUGUUAACCAUCGGAGGAAGUCGUCGUCCUCGCCAGAGUUCACGGUCGAUGGGACCAUUGUGGAGAGUCCCCAAACUGUUGCAGAACUCUUCAGUGCCCAGUUCUCCACAGCAUGGACUGUCCCUGACACUCCCAGUGCCGUCGACACUCGCACACCCCCGGGUCUAGUACCGCUCGGCCACAUGGACAUAGGGGUGGGCGAUGUUGCUGAGGCAUUGAGACACCUCAAGCCCUCCCAGGGUGCAGGCCCAGAUGGAGUGCAUCCAAUGCUGUUGAAGGCCUGCUCCGAGCGUCUCAGCACUGUCCUCGCACGGCUGUUCGCAAACUUCCUGCAGGCAGGCUCCGUCCCCUCCCAAUGGAAACUUGCCCGUGUCACACCAGUGCACAAAGGAAAUGGGUCCCCGACCUCAUCUGUUGCAUCAUACAGGCCCAUUUCAUCUACGUCUGUGGUUUGCAGGACAAUGGAGCGGAUUCUUAAAGGGGCGGUGCAACGAUAA